AUGGACAGUGUAUCUACCGGUCUAAAGCAGACCCUCACCCCUGCCCUCUUGGAGAAUGUCCGCAACUUCUGGUUCAACCACCUCAUCAGCGAAGAUGCAUUAAUUCUCCCGGGUCGACCCGAGAUGAUGCGCUGGUUCAUGCGCGAUUCUGACUUCGACAAAGCCUGCGUUACCCAAUUCCAGACGGCUUUAGAGAAAAUCAUCUCAUCCGGUGCAUCGGCCACAGAAAUCCUGGAUGCAAUUGACAAAUCAUCACCAUUGAACUGGCUUAGCAUCCUUCUGCUCCUGGACCAGGUCUCCCGAAACUGCUACCGCGGCGACGAAUCCAAGCUGGUUUUCGGCCAUUUUGAUCCUCUCGCAAAGGAAAUUGCUGUUCGUGCGAUAGACACCGGCAUUUUGACUCAGGAUCCACAUCUUAGAUACCGACUUUCCUAUCGAAUCUGGUUCCACAUGCCUCUGAUGCACUCAGAGAACCUUGCUGUCCACGAGAAGGCGGUUCAGGUGCUUGACGAUACCGCAAAGGAUAUAAACGACUUAAUUGAUAGCGAUGUGUCUACUUUAGACGAUGAUGAGAAGAGGUGUCAUGAUGUUUUGUCGAGCCAGAAGGAAGCACUUGAUAUGUUUUUGAAGAAUACCUCCGACUUUGAGAAGAAACAUAAGGAUAUCAUUGAGCAGUUUGGAAGGUAUCCCCACCGGAAUGCGCCUCUUGGUAGGAUUUCGACUGUUGAGGAGAUUGAGUACUUGGAGAAAGGUGGCGAGGCAUUUACAUAA